GCUCAAUCUAAUCGCAAUUCGUUUUGGUAGGGUUUAAGCGACCUUCCUCAGGGCCCCAGAUCCAUUCACCUAAAACCUCUGAACCAGAAAUGGCUUCGUUGUGCCGAUCAGCUAUAACAGCGGGUUCGAGGUCCGUCGCCGCUCGUUCCAAAACCUUAAGCCAAAUUUCCCUAAGCCCCAAACCCAUUGCCCCUCCUGCAUUUUCUUCAACCACCAGAGCCAUCCCCCGCGCUUCAAGGAUUGCUUUGGCGUUGGCGAGCGUGGAGUCAAUGAUGCCACUUCACAGCGCCAUUGCUUCUGCUCGGCUUAAAUCCAGCAUCGCCAUCGAUUCCUCUUGCUGGAGCUGGCUUUCUCAAGGACUUGCAAUACCAUUGUGACAGGGGCUUGCUGGAUCUUUGUGGGACAAUAAAUGCUAGUGUUUAUUUCUUACUCACUCUGUGGAAGGAAGAAGAAAUAUUCUAAUGUUAAAUUUUUGGUACUUGUAUUGUGCAGCAAAUGCAAACUUGUUUAACCAGCUUACUAAGUUUUGUUAUCUUUUUUUUUUUUUUAGUAUUUUUCAAGAGGAUGGAUUAUGUGGAUGUAUCAGUAGUUGGAACUGGUUGUAUUUGGAUCUUAGAGCAAUAACAUCCUUUCAAUUCGCUGUUUAA